GAUCCGGGCUCUGGGCCGCCCCACCCGUCGCCUUCCCCUCCGCGCGCAGGAAAACCCAGCAUGGCUCCCCCCAGACUGGGGCUCCGAUUGGCUGCCUGUUUACUCAACAUCUCAGAAGCCAGGAGGAAACACGUUGUUGAGAACAUCGCCAAAGCAGCUCUUCUUGGGGAAAAUGGGAAGAAACGUCCUGAAGUAUCAGUGCUCAAUAUAUUUUCUGAUCAAGACUACAACAGAUCAGUCAUCACCAUAGCAGCUUCUGUGGAUGAAUUAAACGAUGCCGUCCUGGCUGCCUGUGUGGAGGCCUUCCGGUCCAUCGACAUGGAGGCUCAAGAGGGGAUCCACCCGUGUUUGGGAGCCGUGGACCUGAUCCCCAUUUACCCGCUCGCCGGUGUGGGCGUGGAAGAGUGUGGAGCUCUGGCCAGAAGCCUGGCUGAGACCCUCGUCCUGCGUGUCCCGGGCAGCAGCGUGUUUCUCUUCGGCGAGGCCGAUCUGCCCGAGAAGCGCCCUCUGGUCCAGAGAAGGAAGCAGCUGGGCUGGUUCGCGAGGAGGGAUCUCGGUGCCCUUGAACCUGACCUGGGAGCUGCACCUGCCCGAAGAUGUGGCUUAACAGGCAUCGGCGCCAGCCCGUAUGUGAUGAACUGCAACGUUACCAUAGACUCUCAAGACUUGGCCUUGGGAAAAGAGAUUGCUGGUGCCAUUCGGGGCUCAAAUGCAAAUGGACUGAAGGGCGUCCAGGCGAUGGCUUUUCCCCAUGAAGGGAAAAUUGAGAUAGCUUGCAACGUCGAGAGUUUUGGAGGCCAAGAAGCUACAGAAACCUCAGAAGAGUCCCGAUACAUGGCUUAUAGUGUCCUUGGGGACCAUUUUUCUUACGUAUCUCCUCAUUACAUAGAAGCUCAAGUUAAAAAGUUGGCGGGUGAUCGGGGAAUUGGUACCGUAGGGAGAGCAUUAAUUGGAUUUACACCCCAAGAGUGCAAGAACUGUGCUGAAUAUGCUAUAAAGGAAAAUAUCGGGGAAUUCUGGAAGAAACGGGGAGGCAUUUUCAUGUGAUCCAGUGUAAGAAUUCGUGGAAAUUUUAAGGAAAAAUAUCAGUCAUUAUAAAGUUUUGUUUGGCCAAUGAAGGUGAGGGGAAGAUACAAAGAGCUUGGAAAAUUGGAAGGAUUCUUUGUUCAACGGCCAGUCUUUAUGGAUUGUUCAUAAUUGCCCGGUGAUAGUUCUAGUCCUCAUUGAAACGUCACGAGAGCCUCUCUGCACCAAGUUUAUGCACCUUGUGCGUUCGAAGACCCCCUGAGUCAGCUGAGUGGCAUGGCCAUGGCUGCCAAACCACCUUUAAUUGUUGAGAACCAAACCAAAGAUGGAUUUGAUUUCCCUGAUUUUCCCUAACUCAUUAUUUCCAAGGUCUGUAUUCAAUUUUCAUUUUUCAAAUGAUCAUUUUUUUUAAAUGUGUAUAUUAAAAAAUCAAGUACCAAGUGACUAAAAAGUGGGGAGAAUGAUAAAAUAAAAUUACUCUUUCAAAGCCUGGUUGUUCUUUUUUGCCUUCCCACUUUUAGGAUAACCUGUUGUUUAUUCCAGAGAUAAGUCCAAAAACCCGAUUUGCCUAAUUUUUUAAUGUUUAUGUAGGGAGAUGGAAUGGUGGUGUUGGGCAUGACUUCAAGGAAUUGUGUUUAUCCUUUUUGGAAUUUAAAUGGGAAGUCUGAAGAUUUAGGGAAUAUAUUGCUUUUGAGCACAGAGAAGAGUAUCAGUGGGAGGAAUUUAUUUGAAAGAAAUCAAAAUAUGUAGUCAUUUUGUGAACUCAAAGAAGCCACUUGUUGAUUCUGGCAAUUUUAUGUAAAUCUUUAGUAUUUAUAUUGCUUUAGCACAGGGUCCUUUCUAUCCAUA